AUGAAUUUUUGAAUUUUACUAAUAAUUUUUGUGCCUGGAUACUGGAUUUAUAAAUUAUCCAGAACUCCGUUAAAAUAAUACCAUCAAUGAUCAAAUAACCGUAAGUAAUUUAAUUGUUAUUUUCUUUAGUAUAUUCGUGUUAUAUUUGAUUCACUUUUGGUUUUACCAAUUUUCGAUUUAGUAAUCUCGUUUUAACUGCUUUCUGCGUUUGAUUGCUAAAAUGUACCUACCAAUCUAAUUCACAUUUUGGUAUACCUACUCAUUAUCAAUUAAUAAUUAAUAAUUAUUAAACUAUCUCAAAACUCCGUACAGUAUACAACUGACUAGAUGGUUGAUCACUGGCUUUUGGAAUGGGAUAAACCAUGUAAACAAAUCGAAAACUGUUUAAAACUAAAUUUGUUCAUGUAAUUUUCGUGGUUUUCUUUGGAUUUUCGUAUUUUCCAGACUUAUCUCGUCGCUUCGGGAACUAAGAAAAAAUGUUAAAAUAUCUAAAAGUAAUAUAGAUGAUUUGCAUAAAAAAAAAAACAAUAAAUUCUGAACAACAUUAAUUAGAUACAAUUUCAAUGUUCGCAUUUACCAAUAUAUUGACAUAAUUCUUUUGGAUUUUGAGAUCAGAUAAAAAUGUGAAACCGAAAACCUGAUCACAGAUUUCUUAUUUAUAAGGGCAUACCAAAAGAUGUUGUCUUAAGCUUUUUUUAAAUUUGUUGACAUUUUAUCUCGUGUCUCAAAAGUCAAAUAUUAAAUGAUUAAAUUUAAUUAUUUAUUAAUUUUCUAUUGUUUGUAAUAAAUAUAAAAUGUUUAUUAGUUCUGACAAAGAGAGAAUAAAUUUUAUCUAGUAUUUAUUUAUUAUAUACAUUAUACAUUUUACAAUGUAUAAAAAUGUAAUAACCACGAAAUGUAUACAAAUUAAUAAUAAUUUUAUAUAUUUCCAGAUGUCUGCAGACUCAGAUUCAGAUCACAGUUUUGGGGACUGGGUAGAAAAUGGUUCUGAUAAUGUCAAAUGUUUAUUUUGUGAUCUACUGUAUGAUGAUGUAUCUGAAGCUAUAGUUCACUGUACCAAGGACCAUAGUUUUGAUAUUGGCAAUGCCAAACGUAAGUAUAAUAUGGAUAUUUAUUCAUAUAUAAAAUGUAUCAACUACACAAGAACUCAAAUGCAAGAAGAUGUCAAUUUUAUUCCCAGUACAAUCUUUGAUGCUGAUGUACAACCAUGGAAUGACGAUAAAUACCUAACACCAGUUGUAAAAGAUGAUCCUUGGCUAAUGAUUGGUAAGCAAUUUUCCAACUCAAAAUGUAUGUUUCAUUUCAAUUAGUUAUUUUUAACUACAUUUUAUAACACCUAUUGUGUAUUAGUAUACCACCUACCAAAUAAUGCUUAAGUAUUGAUUCAUAAAAUUUGUAUAGUACAUAAAUAUAUAAAUUUGUUAUUUAUUUAUUUACGAGUAUUAACCAUUUUAAUAAUUUUGUUUUUACUUUAUUAUUUUAUUAUUCAUACAAUUUAGUUAAUAAAAAAUUAUAUGGUACUGUUCAUAAAAUGUUAUCUUAUAUUAUUUAGAUAUUGACGAUGUAGUUGAAGAAGAUAAAGAAUCAGAAUCUGGUUAUACUGUAAAUUUUGAAAACAAUCAAUUUACGUUAUCUUCUGAACAUUUUAAUCAUAUACAAAAUAAAAUACAAACAGUUACUCAACAGGCAAAUAAAAACUUAUUAAAGUAUUAUUUACUCAAAUAAUAAUUAUUGAAAAAUUUAACAUUUUUAGCUAGAAUUAAAAGAAAAUGAACUUGCUAAUGCACAUGAGCAAAUUAAUCAAAUGCAAAAUACACUAACAAAUAUUUUAUCUACUCGAUCAGGAGAUUCUAUAAAUACAGCAUCUACAAUGAACUUAGAAGAUGAUCAAGGUUAUUUUGCUUCAUAUUCGUGUGUUGAGAUUCAUUAUGAAAUGCUUAAGGUAUCUACAAUUUAAAUGUGUACAUUUUUUUGAAUACAUACCAUUUCAUUCCUGAUGGCUAACUGGAUAGAAAUCUGUGUUCCUCAAUUCAUGAUUAAAAAUCCAAUUGUAAUAUUGUCCUACUAACAGUGAAGAUAAAAUGGUAAAUCCAUAAAUAAUUCAGUGUAAUCAGUGUUGUUGUUACUUAAUGUCUCAUCCGAUAUUUAUUCGAAUAGCCAUCAGAUUAAUUAUGGAAUAGACUGUGCUAAUAUAAGGAAGUUUAGAAGCAAUUUUACGCUAAAAAAGUUUUAAAAAAAUAUAUAAACACGGUUUUAUUACAUUUAAAAUCAUGUAUAAUAUAAUUUACUAAACCUUUAAUAAUUUUUAGGAUAAAGUACGGACAGAAAGUUAUUCCUCUGCUAUAUUAAUGAAUGCACAUUCGUAUAAUGGAAAGACUGUGUUAGAUUUGGGCACUGGUAGUGGAAUACUGUCAAUGUUUAUGGCCAAGGCACAGGCAGCUAAAGUUUUUGCUGUUGAUGAAGCUGAUGUAUUGUAUAAUGCCGUAGACAACUUUAAGUAAAGAUCUUUUUUAUUAGCAAUAAUAAUAAUUUUUAGUGUUUAUAUAAAAUCAACAUUAUAGAGAAAAUGGGUUCGAGGAUAUUAUUGUAGCCAUCAAAGGAAGAAUUGAGGAUGUCAGCUUACCUGUAGAAAAAGUUGAUGCUAUUGUUUCCGAGUGGAUGGGAUAUUUUUUAUUAUUUGAAUCCAUGUUAGAUAGUUUGAUAUUUGCACGCGACAAAUAUUUAGACACAAAUGGAAUCAUGUUACCUAAUGAGUGUAACUUAUUCAUUAGUGGUGUGAGCGAUAUGGGUAAGCAUAAUUAUUAAAUAAUAAUUACAUAAAUUGUAUUAUGUAUUAAUGUUUAUUAUAAUACAGUUUAAAUGUAUUUAUUUUAAUAUUUACCUACAAUUUCACAAUUUUCAUGUUAACUAAUUUGUUAUUUUAUAUGGCAAAAUUAUAGAAAGACAUGACGAAAUAGUGGGUUUUUGGUCAAACGUGUAUGGUUUCCGUAUGCCAUCUCUAAGAACAGAUAUUUUAAAUAAAGCUCAAGUUGAAAUUGUACCUGCUGAUCGAAUUGUCACUGAAGAAUUUAAACUUUGUACCUUCGACUUGUAUACAUGUGAUACAAAUUCUACAAACUUUAAAAUUGAAUUUGAAUUAAAAAUAAAAAAAACAAGUUCAAUGACUGGUAUAGUUGGAUAUUUUGACUCGAUAUUUGACAAUGAGAAUCCUGUAACCCUAUCAACAGCGCCGUACUGUACCCCUACUCAUUGGAAACAAACAGUAUUUCUUCUGCCUACUCCUAUUGAUGUAAUUGAAGGUAAAUAGUAAAAGCAUAAGUUAUUAUUAUUCCAGUAAAUAGUGUAAAGGGCAUGCUAUGUUUAAUUGAUAAAUAGUAGAAAGUAAUUAUAAAAUAAAAAUGGUGUAAAGAUUAUGAUUGUCUGAUCGUGUAAUUAUCGUUACUAUGAAUAUAAAAAUAAUAGACAAAUUAAAUUUGAUAAUUUUUAUACUAAUCUUUUUGUACAUUAAUGUUUGCAAUAUAAUUAUUAUACAUACACAUUAUAAGAGCAUGGAUAUUGUAAUAGUAAAAAAACUAUUAAAAUUGAUUGCAGUAUUGCACUAAAAAAUACUGAAAAUUACACUAUAAAUAUUAAUAAUCGUACUAAGAACGAACAAUUUUUUUACAUAAAAAGAAAUAGUCUGCUUAAUUUUCGGCAUAUUUACAAAACAAUAACAGAACACGAUCACUCAAAAUUCACAGAGUAAUUGAAGAACCAAUUAUAAUAGCUAUAUUUCAUAAAUUAUUUUUGUAUUGCAUCGAAUACCUACAAACUUGGAGUUAUCAAAAUAAAAAUAAAAUAUCAUUAUUAGAUUUUAUGGCUGGCAUUAUUGUAGUAAAAUCGUAUCUAUACGAUUGUUGAGUGUCGACUAUAUCUAAAAUAAUUGUAUAAAUGAGUAAAUUCAACAAAAUUGAAAAAAAUUACACAUAAAACUUGUAGAUUUGAAUUCAUAUUUACAUGAAACAUUUUAGAACUUACUUAGCAAUAAAUUGAAAAGGUAGAAAAAAAGUUGCCAAUGCAAUAACAUCCGUACUCUACACAUUAUAUUUUAAAUAAAUUCAAACGUUAACUUUUCAACUCGUUUAGAUGAAAUUAUAAUUAUUUGAUUUAACAGAAUAUCUAUUGUGUAUAAUUAUCAAAUGUUUUUAUUAUUUAAUAAUUAUUAUAAUUUUUUUUUUGUAGGCAAUGUACUCGCCGGAGAAUUCCAAUGUGCCAGAAAUAUGAAACAAGUAAGAACUUUGAUUGUGACAAUUACCAUAAACAAUAAAUCAUAUAUUUAUAAUGUAUCUUAAAACUUAAAUAAAUAAAUCAGAUUUGUUUAGUUACUUAUUGUUAAUUUACUUCCAUCCUGAACAAAUUGUAUAUUUUAAUUUUUUAUUGAGCCAACAAGUUUUUAUAUAUAUAAAUAUUUAUAUUUACAGCCUAAAGCUUAAUAUUUAUUUGUUUCGUGUUGAAGAUAUUUUAAUAUAUUAUUUGUAGAAAUACUUUUUGUUGUACUCCUCACAUGAUUGAAUUGAAUUUUCCUGGUCUCCUGGGUAAAUUGAUUUAAUCUUCAAGAAAACAACACCU